AUGAGCCAACAAAGAGUAGCUGCCUCUCCAAUUACCACUUCAAGCUACGACUCUCUUUCAGAGCGAAAGACCACAAAAAGAUCAAAAGACAAAUCAAAGAAGUACCUCAACCAGAAGAAUGACUUGAAGAGCUUCGAGUCGAUUCAACAAGGCGUUCUGUUGGCUUUGCUCAACACUUUCUGUGACUUCUCUUUAGAACUCCCAACAAAGCUUUCUACAGUCACUUUGAACAAUCCACGGCUUGUUUCCUUAGUUAUUGGUGACGAAGAGAUCAAUGUCAAAAGACUGAGUGAGCGGAUGUAUGCCGAUUCAUUCAUUUGUGAAAUGCAGCGUGGUGUCAAAGAAGAGACUUGUGUCAGGACAUACGAGAAGAAGAAGCGCAUCUUCAUCAACAACUUCCUCGUCGAUGUUGCUUUGGAACUCGGUUUUGUCUUCGACUCAAAGUACUCUCGAAAAUCAAGACAAACUCUUCAACUCGAACGAGUUCAACGUAUUUUCAAAGACGGUCAACUUGUUAUGGACAGAGACGACAUUAUCAAACGGGGAAAAGCCAUCAACAAAUAUCUUUUCUCUUUAGUAUCCAACAACAACUCCGUUACCAUCGCUCGAAACAAUGGUACACUCCAGAAAUUACUUCUUUCUGACGUCUGUUUGACUCCUUUUGGAAUCAACCUUACCAAGUAA